AUGGAUUUUUGCUUUUUCCUUAUUGGAUUCAAAGAAUUCAACAAACAGUUACCAGAUGUAGGCAAUGUUGCCUGCUAUUGCGGUCGCUGUCAUAACCAAAGUGCAUUUGCCAUACGUACAAUCAACACAGUCACACUUUUCUUCAUUCCCGUCCUCCCAUUCUACUUUUCCAAAAGAUUAAAGUGUAAUAUAUGUGGAAAUACUGGUGAUUUGGAUAGUACGGCAAUUGAUCAUUUGAAGAAGGGACAGCCGGUGGCAAUAGGAGGGUAG